AUGAGCACGACUGUUCCCAAGGGCCGGGGCAGUGGCCUGCCCACGACCUCUGCCGGAAGUCCCUUCCAUCUCUGGGCCCUGGGAUUUUUGUGCACAGAGCGCCACCUGGCCAAGCGCCUCAAGAACAACGGCUUUUACCCGUUCACGCAGCAGCAGCCAGGCGUCUUCGUGCUUGAGUACUACCUGGACACACUCUGGAAGGGACUGCUGCUCUUUUUCGUCUGCCUGGUCCUGGUCUGCUCCGGCUUUGUGAGACAGGUGGAAAAGCAGGAGACCUGGUGCUUCCCUGCCUAUGGCAUGGUCGUGGGCCUGUGGCUUAUGAUCUCAUCGUUGCCGCGGCGCCGCCUGGUGCUGAACCACAUGCGUGGCAUGUACCACUUCUCCAUCCAGGGACGCACCGUGUGCCAGGGGUCCAUGCAUCUGGUCUACGUGCGCCUGGCACUCAGCUCUGAUGCCUACGGAAGGUGCUUCUUUCAGCUGGUCCUUUGCGGCCAUAAGCUGGAACCGCUGGUGCUGGCGCAGGUGUCGGAGCGCUAUGAGCAAAUGGAGUACCUGGGCCGUUACAUCGCUAGGAAACUCAACAUCAAUUACUUCGACUACCUGGCUACCUCCUACCGACAUGUGGUCCGUCACUGGCCUCUGGGGGCCUCCUUUAGCCCAGGCAUCCUUCUUCGCAAGAAAGGCGUCUACAGCAGGCCAAGCAGCUCUCAGUCCGACCUGGAGGUGUGACCCUGGGCCUGCCCCCUACAGUUAUGGUCCCAUCCCCUACAUCCUCCCAUCCUGCCUGUAGCUCAUUCCACCCCUGCCCUUAGGUGCACUCAGGCCAGUCUGCUCACUGGUCUUUCUCUGAAUAGAGCUGCCUCUAGCUUCCACCAAGUUAUUUUUGUCUGUCUGGUGGGGGGGAGUCCCUUCAGAGUCUUCCCCUAGUGCAGGCUUCUCAGGGCCUCAGGACCCUGUCCUCUCCAGAGGCUGCAGCAAACCCCAGAGCAGGGAUUAGAAGAGGAGAGUACGUGUAGCUGAGACUCAAGGAGGCUGAUGAUCACUGGACAGGCUUAGGACUGUCGCCCCUCUUGGCCAGCAGCACUUAACUGGUCCUGCCUGGCUACAGUGGGAUCCAGGAGCCAGAAUCUGAUUGGUCCAGUCUGGCUAGGUGCUAUGGACGUGGCAGAGCCAGCGAGGACAAGCCCUCAGGUAUGGGUGCACCCUGAACUGCAGUGCAGAGAUAUUGUUGCACACUUCCUAGGGAAUAGCCUCCAGAGUCCUCCCCUAGGGUGAAAGACCUCUCUGGGCAUGCUGGAACCCCCUUGCCCAGCAGAGCACCCCAGCUUCUGCUUCAGGCAUCUGAUGCCUCUUGGGUGCUGGGACUGCUUGGGAGCAGAGAAGGCGGUAGGCUCAUACACCCAGGAGGAGUGGUGCUUUUCAUGAGCAUGUGCUCUCUG